UAAAUUAUUGUAGUCAGCACCGAGAGCAUGAUUUUCUGUAUCUCAUAAAUUUGAAUUUUACUGUCAUUUCAAAGUUUAUUUGAAUCGAACGAACGGCUGAUCAUACGAGAAAUGAGAAGCUUUUGAAAAUCUGGCAGGACGCGGUUAAACUUGAACCACAGUGGGCAAGGAAGCGGUUGUUAUUGUUAUUGUUUACAGUUCCUAUGUGACCCCCUGUACAAAGUAGAGCAAACAAGAAGGCAUCAUGUCGAGGAGACAAAGUAAGACAGUAAGCACCAUCACAACUACCAGUUUUUACAGUAGCAGCAGCAGUGUUCAAGUAACCCCAGGAUCUGCCUCAAGUCGUAGCAGGUUGACCUUGGACUCUUCUGGUGACAGUCCUCACUGGAUUUCAGGACAUGAGUCUCUUUUCAGCACGCCUAAAUCUUUGUCACCCUUAAAAACUCGUCGGAAGACAACAGUUGUGCACACGGAAAUUGGGUUUAGCGGAAAAGGAACACCUUCCAAGAAUUCCAGUCAAAGAAAAGUUGGCGCUGAUGAAUUCAAGGUUCCAAGUCUGAUGUUCAGCUCACCACCAGGUGUGAAGACCAGGAGCCGAAGAUCUUCUAUUUAUGUAUCAACAAAGCAAGCUUCAAAACAAGGGACUGGUGAGUCCUCUCGCCGACACUCCACCCAACCCCAGACUGCCAAGGUACAAAAGCAGACAGCUGCAGUGAAAAGAGCAGGAAAAAAAUCAAAUGCCAAAACCAGCACUACCAAAAUAACGGCGGAAAAAGUUCUUUUGGUUGAUAAUGAUAAGUUUGAUCCGGAAGUGAGUUUUAAUAUGAAGAGUUUGGCUUUGUCACCGAAUGUUAAGGAAAACAGCUCACCCCCCAAGAAAGGAAAAUCUUCAAAAGCAAAGAGUGGUAGUGGUACUGAAAUUGUAAAAUCCGUUACGUCGAAGACAUUGCUUAAGAAACAGAAGGCUUCCUCGUCUCCAAAGGUAAAGAAAAUAACUAGUCGUAGUUCAGCAAAUAAUGUUAAAGUGAAAGGAACAAAUGUAGCGUCUCGCAAAGUGACAAAGUCAUCGUCUAGAAGUGCGAAGAAGGUUGUAGAUGAAGAAAUGGAAGUCAUUUCAGAUCAAGAUGCAGGUGUUGAUGGUUUCGAUGGAAGCCUUGAAUCAGAAGGUUUCACUUCUCUGAAAGCCAAAACAAAUUCCCCAGGACGAAAGGGAAAAGCCAAAGCUUCAAAGUCUCCACGGGGAAAGAGUCCCAAGGUUUCACCUUUAAAAAAUAGAAAGCAAAGUCCCUCACCUCCGAGAAAGGUUAGAAACAGUAGCCGCAGGCUCCCAGAAACAUCAGAGACAUUUGAGAGUUUGACCGAAGUAACUACUGAAACUUUGAGCACACCGCAACGAAGUGCUAAAAGAGCUGUUUCUCAGAAAUCUACUAAGAAGUCUAGAGCUGGCAGCAAAAGUCCCUCUAAAAGUCUAGGCUCCUCUUCUCCUGCCAAGGCCAAAGCAACGAGAGGCAAAAGAGUUACAUCUGCAAGUGCUUCAAAGUUGGAGUCACUUGAUACUGAAGUACAGGCUGAAGAUGAAUCUUUGCUUACUCCAGUGCGUGGAACAUCUAAGAAGACAGGAAUAAAAUCAUCUUCUUCGAAAAGUCGCAAAUCAAAAGGAAAUACUCCUGAAAUUGGAAUUUCAGUGAGUAGCGCUUCAACCUCAAGUUCUGUAGAAACUCAGAUAUCUGCAUCAGCAUCUAAAAGACAAAGGUCAAGGAGCAAAACGCCUCUCUCAAAAAGUUCUAGGAAAAGUGCGAAGAAGGAGGCUCAGGCUUCAUCUGGUGGCCCUGUCUCUAAAAGCAGAAGACUGAGUGGCAAAACUCCGCAGUCAAAAAGUCCAAGAAAGAGUGCAGAAAAAGAACUAGCAUCAAGUCCCAAGGGCAAAGUGUUGAGGAAUAAAACUCCUAAAGGAAAAAGUCCUGUAGUAGUUCUCUCCUAUGAGAUCACAGAAAGUCCAGACAAAAGUCUGCCACGUGAUGGAGCUGAAAAGUUUAUUUCUCCAGGGAAGAACAAGCCAAAGUCUUCCUCCAAAUCAAAAGAAGUCAGUGUGACCCCUAAGCGGAAGAGCACUGCGGUAUCUGUGUCAUCGAGCAGAAAGUCACAGACUUCCACAAGUAAAAGAGCUUCAAAAUCUCCAAGAAAAUCUCCACAGCGCUCUGCCAGAGCAGGUGCAACUCCAAGGACCCAGAAGCAGCUGUCCGGCUCGAGAACAUUGAACAUCACUUUAGAAACUACUGGGGAUGAGAUCAUUUCUGGAAUGAGUAAAAACAAACAGAACACUUCGCCAAGAAUUCGUAAAACACCUAAAAGUAAUGCUGCAGAUGUACGUGUAUCUCUUGAGGUCAGCAAACAGAGGUCAGCCUCCAAAAGCGCGAAGUCCCCAGUUGGUACUCCGCCCAAGAGCACCCAAAGAAUCACCGUGUCACAACAUUCACAUUCAAAGGUUUCCAGUUUAUCAAACAGUAGUGGUAGACAAUCACUGAGACUAAACGAGUCUCCGGGAAAGACGAGAGAUGCUGCCACUCCUCUAGUGAUAAGUGAGCGUUACAGAUAUCCUCAGAUAUCCCUUUCGCAAGUUAACACAGAGAAGUCUUCUUUGUUGAAGAGCUCCACGCCUUAUGUCUACAGCCAUGUGGACAGUGACCUGAGGCUGCCCGUGGAUGCCCCUCUCAGUAGUGUCAAACGUGUGGCCGGCAGUGUGGAGACUGUAAACAGCACUGUAGAUGAGAGUUCGGUGGGGGGAUUAUUUUCUCCUUUGAGCCGUGCAGGGAUUUCAUCUAGUCUCCGAAGAACAGUACUGAGAACUGUGCCAGCGUUGGAUAGAUUUGCCGUCCAAGGGAGCGAAUACUCUGCAUCGAAGCAGACAGCAACGUCGGGAGGAAUUGAAUACAGUAGUGAGAUUACUGGCAGUGGAAGAAAACGAACAACUUUGGCAGAAAUUGACACAUUACCUCUGAAAAGAAGCAGACUUGUAGAUGAAGAAAAGGAGAUUGAUAAAGUAAUUGGAGCCAUGUUCAGCCAUCAAACGCCAUCACUGGUUGAAUCUUCCUCCUCUGAAGUAGUGACCGAAUCUCACACUAGAAAUAUCUUGUACGCAGAACCUGAAGGGAAAGAGACUGUCCAGGCACGAUCCUAUUCCAUCAUGCAAUCCGGGAAGGCUCUAUCUGGGUCAUAUCAUAAUGGCAAUGGUUUUGAGGCUAUUGAUGGUAAAUUAGAUAAUGAGGAAAAUGAAGAUGAUGAGGAGGAGGAGGAGGAAGAAGAGGAGAAUGGAUAUGUGUCAUAUCAGACCCAAUCCCGUAAUCUUCGGCUGUCCAAGAAAACUGAAAAGAAUGAGGAAGAAGAAGAAGAAGAAGAUGAGGAAGAAGAAGAUGAGGAAGACGAAGAAAAUCAAGAAAGCAAAUAUCAUGCUGAGAGUUUUGAAUCAAACGAUGCUGAUAUGACUCUUGUUCACAGCAGUCAGUCUCAAAGGUGCACAAUUCUUUAGACCGUUGACUUUAUAUUGUGGUACAUAUAGUUUAUGUGUGUAGAUAUUUAAUUUGAAUUCAGGAAUUAGAUCAGUCUUACAAGCCCAUUAUCACUGUUAUACUUCAAAUAUAUGCACCGGUAUGUAUAAGAGUAGGCCCUAUUACUCAUUUGAUAUAAGACUGAAGGUGACCUCUUGACUUCAUUUAUUUGGACUUACCAAGUUACAUUUUAAGGAUACCACUACUUCAUGGAUGCUUUUGUGGUAAUUGAUAUGUUUUUAUUACAUUAAAUCAAAAGAAUGUCAUUGAGGCCAGAGUAUAACUUUAUUUGUUGAAACUUUCCCAUCAUAUCCCACGAUACAUUGUUUUAAAAAACAGGGAUGUCUCUAUUUUGUUCUGCUAGGACAUGGUAAUGAAUUCCCUUUCAGUUGUAAAAAAUCAGUCUGAUGAUGCAUGUUGCUGUGUUGAAUUCUGUACAGGAGGUAUACGGUCUAUUUGCUAUUGUUCCUUCGGGUCCUGUUAUAUGCAGUGGAAAGAUUUGGCCCUGUAAUUACAGUGGAGUCUGUAUAAAUCGAACAUGAUUCAGUUAAUACAAAAAUAUGGCUAAACCAAGUAAAUCGGGUGGUCCUGCAGUAGAUUUUAGUUUAAGGGGACUCCACUUUUUUAGUAAAAGUAUGUGUGGCUUUAUUAAAGUCAUGAUUGUUUUUUGAUAUUUUAUCUACCAGCAUUCUAAAAGUAUAAACUGAACUAAAAACAGCUAUUAGCUGAUUGUUACAUUACUUCUAUGCAACCUUGUUGUAUGGUCACUUUGAAAGAUCCAUUUAAUUUUUUAAUGAGUUUGAAAGGUAAAGAUAGCUGUUGUGAUAUAUGCACUUCCUCAUUCUUUUACACUUUUCUUAUGAAAGCACAUGUAUAUAUCUGUUGCUUUCAUCCAAGGGACAAAAAAAGUGAAUAUUUUUUGUAAUGUUAUGGAAACCUGAUUUGUCCAAGACAAGCUUAGAUUCUGAGUCUGAAGAGUGAAAAAAUUUAGGAUUUUGUUCUAUCAUAAUUAUGAAGAGCUGAAAGAUACAUAUGCUUUUUGGAAAUGGAAAGAGUAUUAUGGCUUUGUGACACAAAAGUGUCACCACUCAUUAUUAUCCUCUGAUAUAAUCUUGCCUAAUGAACUGAACCCGCUUGUGGUACAUACUUAUUCUUGUUGUAGCUUUUAUUAGCAUACUCAUUUUUCUCUUGUUGCAAUCUGGAUUGUUGAGAUAUUGUUAAAACUUUUAUAAAAUCUUUGUUUUCAUUUUUAAAAGUAAUGUAAAUGCAGCAAGAGAGACCUUGUACUGUACAUAAUGACCUCAAACAGAGACAUUGUCAUUUUCACAAUUUUCAUUUUUCUCUCUUCUACUUACUGCCAGGAGAUAGAAAAUUUGCACAAAUUUUUUGUGUGCAAUUUUAUUUUUGAAAGAUGAACAAAUUUGUGAGGCAUCGUGGUGAAAUCAGGCGUUUGUCAAAAUAAUUAAAUCCGAGAAAUUGGCAUUUUUUGAAAAUGUUCACUAAAGUGUCUACAGGAGGGUCUAUACUGUUGAAUACCCAUGCAGGCCUAUCACUGAAAAACAAUAAGUUGUCUGAAAACAUGUCCAUGGUUUACUAAAAAGAAAAAAGGUUGCUUUUGAGUUGCUUUUUGCAAAACAUUUUAUACAGGUAAAAAUAUGUUUCUAAUGUCGGAAACACUUUGGGUUUUUUCUUGUUACAAAAUCAUAAAACUUACAGUUUUCAUUCAAACUUAUUCAAACUACAUAAUAUAUGAACUGCCAGUACUCACAUAAAGUUCAACUCAAUCUAAGAAGUUUGUUUAGUUGAUGAAAAGAGAAAUAUUGCAAUGUAUGAAAUGUAAAAAUAUACAGUACACCGAUCAUCAAUUGAUUCUAAAAAUGAAAAAUAUCCUCCUGAUGUUCUUUCAAUUCACCCCAGAACACUAUUGCUUGCAAUGAAGACUAAAGCAGUAAUUCUAAAUAUGCAAAAGUAUGAGGACUAAAGAAGGAAAAAGGGUAAUAGAUUUUGAUUAGAAAUAUGACAGAUUUUAAAAAAUGAGAGUCGAGUACACAGAAUAAUAAUUUUUUAAAAAUCUCUUCCCUCUUAUUUUUCCAACUUACCAGUACAAAUUCUUGGUCAUCAUUUGAACUGUGUCUUGCAAGUAUCCAAUUAUUGUAUAUCCAGAAAUAGAGAACAAAAAUUUUUCGCAGAUCUAAAAAUGAAGAGAUAAUCCACACAUAUUGAAUUAAAAUACAACUACUAGCUAACCAAGUUAGUUUCAAUAAUUGUUGUUCACAAGAAACUUAUUUCUAUCUCAGUUUCUUGUGCUAUGCCUUGAAACAAUCUCCUUUGCACAGAUGAGGUCGUCCUGGGCACACACUACGAACAUUGCGGGUAUGUUUCCUCUUGUCGGGUCUGCUGCAGACCUGACAGUUACGGUCUUUGUCCAGUGACUGCUGGAAAUGGCUCUGGGGUGCUAAUCUCACGAUAGGGUUGUCAGUGACUUCACCGUCAGCAGCAUUGAAACGUCCCGUGAAAUUCUCUCCAGUGCUGAGGCUGCAUGUGCCAGCUCUGAGACCUGUUUAUUUUUGGAUGAUCUGAAACUGAUCGUCAGAGGCUGAAUCUCGUGGUUCCCAAUUGGCUGGGUGAAGUCUGCAUGGCAGUAAAUAAUUUUUGCAUUCAUAUGUGCAAUCUCCAAAGGAAAAUAGAACAUUUUUUUCCGCCACUUGUGACUUUAACGGUUGUGCACACAAUAAUAUCUGACCAUCUGGUCCGCACGGUCACAUCCAUUCAAUAAUUCAUGGUACUAUUGUACUUGUCGAUGCAACAUGGCUUGUCAACCUGAGUACCACCCCUUGUUUUCACAGAGGUGGUCUCCACAGUGUCUGCGCUGGUGACAACAGCCACAAACUUUUUCGCACUCUUGUCUCUGAAUGAAACAAGGAGACAUUGCCCAGUGGAAUUAUCCACAAACCACUUACUCUCCCCCUUCUCGAGCCGAAUAGUCUUCAGCUGCUGGGGUAGGUUUCUUCGUCGGAUGUCGACUGUUUCAGUGUGAAGUGGUGGGACUUAGACGAAAGAAACUGCAGAAGCGGAUAGGACAUGUAGAAUCUGUCUGCAAAGAUGUGAUGCCCUUUCUCUAGGGGCGGGAUAAGUGUUUGAAACACCUUUUCUGCCAUGCUGCCAUCCUGGUCAACAUCAGGGUGGUAUCCAGUCUCUGCGCCAUAAUAUGUGAACAUAUUCACAACAUAGCCGGUAGCACUGUCGCAGAGGCUGAAGGUCUUUAUGUGGUAUUUCGAAAGUUUGCUGGCAUUGUACCUCUUGUACUUCCAGUUCCCCUUGAAUUCAACCACCAUCUCGUCUAUGGAGACAUCUUUUGCUAAAAGAUAUUUUAAAAAAUGUAAGACAGAGAAAUAAAAAUUUCAUAAGAGUGGAGGAAGAGCUUUCAUGAAUUUUUUUGCAAAUUUUAGAAAUAAGAAAUGGGUGAUGCAUAUGAUUCCUUUUCUUCAAGGACUAAUAUUUUAAGGAAUCACAAAAUAAAUGCUUACAUUCUUUAUUCUUCAUAUUUCUCUUGGGAAUGAUAUUGGUAAUAAACAGAAAUGAGAUCAAGUAACCGGUCUAUCACUCACACUACGACAAACAGCUAGCACACGCACACAUACUAAUAAGACAGAUAGUUGGGCCUGCAUAUUAGCCAAUAAUCAGUUCUACACAUUUGGACAAACAGAGGCACGCACAAAGUAAUAAUGCCUAUAGUUAGGCCUACAGAGAAAA